GAAGCUCCGCCGAGCUUCCCAGGUUUUGGCUACCGCUCGGCUGCUCCGCACGAGCAGCUGGUCGCUCAGAACGGCUCUUCCCUCUUUCCCCCCAGCACUCCAUGGAUUUCUUGCUGUUCCAGUUCGGCCUGUGCACUUUUAAAUACGACCACGCGGAAUCUAAAUAUAUCAUGAAAUCAUUUAACUUCUACAUCUUCCCCAAACCUUUCAACAGAACAUCACCAGAUGUCAAGUUUGUCUGUCAGAGCUCAAGUAUAGAUUUUUUAGCAAACCAGGGAUUUGAUUUUAAUAAAGUUUUUCGCAACGGUAUCCCUUACUUAAAUCAAGAAGAAGAAAGACAGUUACGGGAGCAAUAUGACGAGAAGCGUUCUCAAGCCAAUGGGCUGGGGGCCUUGUCAUAUAUGUCACCUGGUACCAAUAAGCGUCCAUCGGCUAUUCCUGAGGAUCAGAAGAAGUUCAUCGAGAAAGUCAUAGAAAGGAUAGAAGGUCUCUUGCAGAACGAAGAAAGCACCAACAUCCAGCUGGAGCCGUGCACAGGGUUUCAGAGGAAACUAAUCUAUCAGACGCUGAGCUGGAAGUAUCCAAAAGGCAUCCAUGUUGAAACUCUGGAAACAGAAAAGAAGGAACGAUACAUGGUCAUCAGCAAAGUGGACGAAGAGGAGCGCAAGAGAAGAGGGCAACAGAAGCAAGCGAAGGAGCAGGAGGAACUGAAGGACGCUGUGGGGUUUUCACGAGUCAUUCACGCCCUUGCAAAUUCUGGCAAGCUUGUGGUCGGACACAACAUGUUACUGGAUGUCAUGCAUACCAUCCACCAGUUCUACUGCUCCCUCCCAGAGGAUUUCAGUGAGUUCAAAGAACUAGCAACAUGUGUCUUUCCAAGGUUAUUGGACACUAAAUUGAUGGCAAGCACUCAGCCAUUCAAGGAGAUUAUUAAGAACACAUCCCUGGCAGAGUUGGAAAAGCGUCUGAAGGAGGUGCCCUUCAACCCUCCAAAAGUUGAAAGCGCCGAAGGGUUUCCCAGUUACAACACGGCUUCAGAGCAGCUUCACGAAGCUGGUUAUGAUGCCUAUAUCACAGGCCUCUGCUUCAUCUCCAUGGCAAACUUCUUAGGUUCAUUUCUCAGCCCUCCCCAAAAUCAUGUAUCUGCCAGUUCAAAGCUGAUAGAGCCUUUUUUCAACAAAUUAUUUCUGAUGAGGGUGAUGGACAUUCCAUAUCUCAAUUUGGAAGGACCAGAUUUACAACCAAAACGUGAUCAUGUCCUUUACGUUACGUUUCCCAAAGAGUGGAAGACAAGUGACCUUUACCAGCUUUUUAGUGCUUUUGGAAACAUUCAAGUGUGCUGGAUUGACGAUACCUCAGCAUUUGUGUCUUUGAGCCAGCCUGAACAAGUACAGAUUGCAGUUAAUACCAGCAGGUACGCAGAAAGUUACCGGAUCCAGACUUAUGCAGAAUAUAUUGAAAAGAAACAUGAGGAAAAGAGGCAGGCAAAGAGAAAAUGGGCAGAAGACAGUUGGAAGGAAGUCGAGGUGAAACGGUUAAAAACACAGGCCAGCCCAUAUGCCCUUCAAAGCCGAUACUACAGUGUUAACAGUUUCUCAACUCCUAGUGCUGUGGGGAAGAGAAGCAUGAGCCCCAUCCAAGAGGAGAGCGCCACAGAUGACCUGGAGGAAGCCGCGGUCCAAGGGGUGGACCUGGCCCACCCAGACACCUUCCUGGAGCCCAUAGAAGGGAAGAAACAGGUCAAGAAGUUCAAGAAAGCCAAAAAGGAGCAAGCUUUGGGUGGGGGGCUCAAGGCCGCUCCCACCAGGCUCUUUGAUGUUCCAGACACAUGGUAGCUGCCAGGAGCACCAAAUCAGAGGGCUUCCGUUCCAAGGAAUCGGCGGCGCGUGUCCUCCCGAGCCAUGCUGCAUGGAAAGAGAGGAGGUUUAUACACAAAUAAAAGGCAGGGUGCUUCUUGGAAAUCUGUUUUAUUUUUCAAUCUGUCUACUGAACAAUCAGUCACUGUUCUUAUGUGUAUGCAUGCGUGUACAUGUCAGUUUUGUUGAUUAUGUGAAAUCCUUUUGCUGUCAUAUAUGUUAGAUCAAAAUGCCAAACUCCUUGGGUUUGACCCCUUGUACACGUAACGUGGGUGAGAAACUUUACAAAGUCUGUGUGUGCAGCUUGCUCUGCUGGUCCUCCUUGAUGACACGUAAGGUGUCUACAUAAGUCAUCUCCUGUCCAGACUUUCAGGCACAUGAACACCUAGUUGGUCGCCCGUUUUUCUUCCCUGCCAUUUUCUGCUACAGUGCAUCCUGUGUUCCUCCCACCCAAAUUAAAGAGAAUCGGUCCUUUCACUUUGGGGAAAGAAAAGGGUCUUAAACUUCACAUUAAGUUUGAGAACCAGCACACUCAGAGGGGAGGGAAACCUUCUUGGACAUCUUUUCCCUUGAUUUGUGAGUCGCAUUCUGUAUUUAAAAAGACAAACAAACCGGCAGCAUUCACCAGCUUUCAUUAGUUUAAAAAAUAAACCUGCUUUGGUAGAUUUCAUAAACUUGGUUUGAUAUUUAACAUUUUUGUAUCGUGGAAUGAAAAAUAUUAUUUCCAUAAAGUGAAAAAUUAAAGAAUCUUUUUCUUAGGAAUCUAACCGUGUUCAGGUGUGUUUCUAACAAAGAUAUUUCAUUCCAGCUGGAGAGAAGAGUUAAGCCAUUUGAUUUUUUAGCCAACGCAUCCCUUUUCUUUUGCAUGCUUGAACAGGAGAGCGACCUUUCGUUAGCAAUAUGCAAGGGGUCAUGAACGCUGGAUAAAUCCUUACCCUGGCUCAGGAAGGAUCCCCAAUUGCUCUGCCAGGGGAAGCCGCGCUGCACUGCUGAGAGAGAACGUGGCGGAAAGAGCGUCUGAGCUCGGGGCUUCCUGCCUGAGAGUGUUCGGCCGCCUUGGCCAGAAGCCUAGCGCGUUCCCCCUUUGCCCCAGGCCGUGGGCUGUGGGGGGCUUUAUUCUGGUGCUCAGGAAACGCUUGAUAACCUGACCCAGGUGCUUCAGCCAGUCAUACACAGGGAAGGAGGGCAUUUGGCCGGGCCCUGUUUUCCCCGCAGCCACACAGUCCACCUGGGAGCUGCUCGUGGUCUUCCCAAAGCUCUGGGCUUCUGGCGGCUUGAGCCGUUCACCUGGGGAGCUCCUGGUCUGGCUGCGGUAAAGGCCCCCCCCAGCAACCUGCCUCCUCCCUGCAAAAGGCUGUUGUUCUGUGCAAAAAGUCAGCUGGCUCCGGCUCCUGGCGGAGGAAGAGAAGAAGCUGGCUCGCCUGGGCUGCCGUAGCAGCCGGGGCAGCGAAGGGAGGUCGCUUUCCUUGGGGAAAAGCGCCAGGCCAGCAAGCCAAGCCAUUUGCAGGCAGGGAGUUCCUGUUGGCCCUCUUGACGGCGCAUUCCCCACCUCUCUGCUUCCAGCAGGCAGGGGAAAGAUGCGGGCACCGCUCCAUGCAGCCAUCCAGAACAGCCUCUGACAGGAAGGAAACGUGCUGAGCCGAGUUCGUCAAAAAACACCACGGGUCGAGGGGAAUGUGCUUCCUGCUACACGGCUCUUCCCAGGCUUCUUUUCCCAGGAAUGGCACGAGAGGAGUUUCCCUUUCAGCGGUGUUGGACUUUUUAAACACUAGACCACGAAUGGGUGUUUGCUGUCGAGUUACUAUUGCACAGCCUCCAAUCGCCAGCGGGGCCUUGGAGGUACAGGGAGCCAGUUUCAGACACGGGCCACUUGAUUAGUCUAAAACUGAAGUUUUGCAAAACCCGACAGGCCAACUGAUGCCAGGUCCCUGACUCCACACCUCUGGCCAAGGAUGGCAACGUUUGCUUUUCGGCAGCCCCGCUUAGCAAUGAAUGGCGGGGGGAAGGGUCAGGAAGCCUGUCCAAGGCAAAGUCUGAAGUCUGCCUGGGUAUCGGGGAUAGGAAGCGGCAGCCACAGUGAAGCAGUUGCCCCCUAAACACGGGGGCGAACAACUGCCCACCCCACAACCAGCAAGUCCAGCUUGGGAAAGAGGGAAACCCCCUCAGGAAGGAGAGGGUCCCAGCCUAAUGGGGCUGGCUUGUAGGCCUCCCUUCCAGGCACAAAGACCCCCAUUUUCUCUAGUCCUGGCAAGGCGCUUCUGGACUGUUCCGUGCCCUGGCAUUUCAACCUGGUGACACUGGCCUGUUCACCUCAGCUUCAUGCCAGGCAGAUUGAACCGCAGGCCACGCACCUUGGCGAACGCCACCUUCAGCUCUGCGAAAUGAGGACGUUUCUUACAUUCUCAGUUGCUGGAGUGCAAAGUGAGGGCGAGCCCCUUGCAUCUGAAGCCGUCCUUAUCCCGGAGGAGAAGCUGCCCGCGAGAGGGGAGGGGCUGAAAGCCCUGUGCCAUAAAGCCCCCACAGAGCACCAGCUGGUCGCUCUGCUCAUGGAGAGCAUCUCCGUGGGAGAGGUGACCUUCCCACGUGGAUUCCUGGUUAUUUAUCGCCAAGACUGGCCCCACAGGGUCCCUUUUAAAAAACGGGUCAGCCUGACCCCCUCCACUUCUCCGGCCCUGGGCCUGAUCUGACAGCAAGUUCUGCCAGGGGUCCCACGACCUCCCAUCUGUGGCUCCUUGCUGCUGUGGCUCCAGGACAUAAUUGUGCCUGGAGACGACGAGGGGUCAGGGUGGGGCCUCUGAUUUUAUUCCAACCCCCCCCCCUUGCACCAGGCCUUUUCUUCAAGACUCCCCAGCUUGCCUUUCCUGUCUGACAAUGACCAGGUUAAUGAUUAAGGCCGCGCCCUACCCAUCCAAUUUCCCAUCCCCCUGCCCUCCGUUAGGCAAGUGGGCUGUGAAACAUUAACCCAGAAGCGUGUCCCGUAGAACCCCUGGCCGCUUUCUUGCCGCAGGCUGCCAACGGGCACAUUUGGAAGCGCCUCCUUGGUUUGUUUGCAACAGCAACAUAGAUGGGCACGAGCUGUCGGUCUCCACGCUCAGGACAGACCAAGGCAGAGCUCUGCCCUCGGGCCUUCCCUUCUCUGGGUCUUAGGCCCACUCAUUUGGGGAAGUGAGGGUUGCCGGGGUUGGAAGGGAGGCCCUGGGGAGAGCGGGCACCGUGGCGCACAGUGGAGCUUCCUUCGCAAGGGAGGCAGCCAGACUCCCCACUGAAGCCUCCGUGCACUCGCGUUCCUCCCACUCUGGAAGAAACCCUUGGCCAGGUCCUUUGAAGACCGGCAGGUUGGAGUUCUGCCCCACUUCUCGCAAAAGGGGGUUGAUUCCUCGGCUUUGCUCUGCGCCUUCCUUUCUGGCCGACCUGAAUUUCUCACCAUUCAGUUUUACAGGACAAUCCUUUGAAAUUCCCAAGCCGUGAGAAGAGGAGAAAAGCUCCCAAAUCCUUUUUCCAUCUCUGCUGGACAGCACGUCUUGCCCCCGUGUCCCUCUUGCUUUCAGUUGCUGAGUUAAAGGGAUUAAUAAAGCAUUCAAAGGAUGCUCAUGGGGAAAUAAUAAACGUACACGCAUUCUCUUUAAAAAAAAUCCCAAGCCUCCUAGAUCCUCAGCAGUGUUUUCCUCCUUCCUUCCUUCCUUUGCAAGGCACAAACAAAAUAAACAUGCAGGACUCAGCCAUCAGCUGAACUUUGCAAGCCAAACCCUCACCAGAGAGUGAUGUAUUUUUAAAGCAAAUGCUAAAACGUAACCCAAAGCAGCAAGCCCAAGGAGGCCAGAUUGACGGGAGACGAGAGAAGCUGGUGGGACAUAAAUAUUGCCUCGCUUUAGGCUGAGACACAUGCAUGAACCCCACCCCAAAGGCAGGAGCCAAUAUGGAGG